AUGAAGCAGAGAUUCUCGUCCUUGGACGUUAAGGUCAUUACACAGGAAUUGGCGUCGGAGUGCGUCAACCUCCGGGUGUCCAACAUUUACGACCUAUCUUCGCGUAUAUUCCUCUUCAAACUCGCCAAGCCAGACCAUAGACGUCAACUCAUCAUUGAUUCCGGUUUUCGCACUCAUGUCACCCAAUACUCGCGAACCGCGGCAACCACACCUUCGCCAUUCGUAACCCGUCUCCGAAAGUACCUGAAGUCUCGUCGGAUUACAGGCAUCUCUCAAAUUGGCACUGACCGUAUCAUCGACAUCUCAUUCAGCGAUGGCGCAUACCACAUCUUCCUCGAAUUCUUCGCAGGUGGUAACAUUAUCUUGACAGAUCGCGAGUACAACAUUCUUGCUUUCUUCCGUCAGGUUGCGGCCGGUGUGGGUCAGGAAGAGAUCAAGGCCGGACUCAAGUACACUGUGUCUAAUAAGCAGAACUAUGACGGGGUUCCGGACAUCACAGCGGAUCGAAUUUUGCAGACACUAGAAAAGGCACAGGCAUUUUCUGCCCAAGAGGGAAAUGCGCCCAAGAAGUCCAAGAAAAAGCCAACAGAUGUUUUGCGAAAGGCAUUGUCGCAAGGCUUUCCCGAAUAUCCUCCGUUGCUCCUAGACCACGUCUUUGCGGUCAAAGAAUUUGAUACUACAGUGCCAUUGGACCAAGUCUUGGGGAGCCAAGAUCUGUUGCAGGCCGUGAAAGAGGUGUUAGAAGAAUCACAACGGAUUUCGAACUCUUUUGAUUCUGGCGACAGCCAUCCAGGCUACAUUGUUGCGAAAGAAGACACGCGGCCUAUCCCGGAAGGGGAGACUUCAUCAAAAGCCCCGAAUCUGUUGUAUGAGGACUUCCACCCUUUCAAACCUCGACAGUUCGAAAAUAAACCAGGAAUCAAGAUUCUGGAGUUCGAGCGCUUCAAUGCCACGGUCGACGAAUACUUCUCAUCUCUUGAAUCUCAGCGACUCGAGUCGCGAUUGACAGAGCGCGAGGAGGCAGCUAAGAAGAAGCUCGAAUCCGUGCGAUCAGAGCACAAAAAGCGAAUCGAUGAGCUCAAAAACGUACAAGAGCUUCACAUCCGUAAAGCGGAUGCUAUUCAGGACAAUGUUUACCGAGUCCAGGAGGCAAUGGAUGCAGUCAAUGGACUGGUGGCCCAAGGGAUGGACUGGGGUGAGAUUGCCCGACUGAUUGAGAUGGAACAGGGUCGCGGCAAUCCAGUGGCGCAGACCAUUAAGCUGCCCCUCAAACUGUACGAAAACACGGUCACACUACUUCUCGGAGAAGCCGGCGAUGACGAGGAUGAAGACGAGGAGUUUUCUAGCAGCGAUGAAUCAGACUCCGACUCGGAGAAAGAAGCAGAGCAAGAGAAGGGCCGUGCAGAACGAGAGUCUAAGCUUCUGACCAUUGAUAUUGACCUUGGGUUGAGCCCAUGGGCGAACGCAUCGCAAUACUAUGACCAGAAGAAGCAAGCCUCAGAGAAGGAGCAAAGAACAGCCCAGUCGUCCACGAAGGCACUGAAAAGUCACGAGAAAAAGGUGACGAUUGACCUCAAAAAAGGCUUGAAGAAAGAGAAGCAAGUACUUCGACAGGCUCGCACGCCAUUCUGGUUCGAAAAAUUUAUCUUUUUCAUUUCUUCGGAGGGUUACUUGGUUAUAGGUGCACGGGACGCUAUGCAAAGCGAAUUACUGUACCGGCGUUAUUUGUCUAAGGGCGAUAUCUUUGUCCACGCUGACCUCGAAGGUGCUACGCCAAUCGUGGUGAAGAACCGACCUGGUAGUGCAGACGCUCCAAUCUCUCCUAGCACAUUAUCUCAAGCAGGUAACCUCUGCGUCGCGACUUCAAGUGCUUGGGAUUCUAAGGCCGUGAUGUCUGCUUGGUGGGCGCAUGCUCACCAGGUAUCCAAAACCGCAGACAAUGGUAGUGGAAUCCUGCCCACGGGUGUUUUCCAAAUUAAAGGAGAGAAGAACUUCUUGGCCCCAUCGCAACUAGUGCUUGGAUUUGGUAUUAUGUUCCAAAUCAGCCAGGAAAGCGUUCGAAACCAUAAGCAGCGAUUUGACACACCUGACGUUCCACAAGCUGCUAUAACUCCUACAGAUGAGACAGAGGCUUCUAAGCCCAAGGACGCCAUGGAGUUAGAAGCUUCAGGGCAGGCGGAUGCUACCGAAGAGGUCACUGAAGUCACAGACAAGGAAAACGCAGAGAAGAAAGAUACAGAGAAGGAAGAUGCAGGAUCCGAGGAGGAGGAUGAAGACGACAAAGCUGCCACCAGAAACCCUCUCCAGCGUGGUGAUUCCGGGCUCGCCUCUCAACCAAUUCAAGAACCGGAGUCUGAGUCUGAGCCGGAGCCAGAAGCCGCUGAAGAUCAGCUGGAGGGAGAAGAGGCUACAUCCACUGCAGGUCAAGACUCUGUGUCCGAGCAAAAUGAAGAAACGAGCCUGAAUGCUCGAGAGCGACGUACCUUGCGACAAGGCAAGCCGCUUGACCGCUCCGGCGAGCAAGAAGCAGCUGCACCACGCAUCGCGCCCACUCGCGGCAAGCGAGCGAAGGACAAGCGCGCUGCUGCCAAGUAUGCCCAUCAAGAUGAGGAUGAGCGAGAACUUGCUCUUCGCUUGGUGGGUGCCAAUAAGGGCAAAGCCGCUAAGGCAGCUAAGGCAGCUGAAGCAAAGGAACAGCGUGAACGAGAGGCCGAGGCGCAAAGGCAGCGACGACGGGCUCAGCAUGAGCGUGCCGCCGAAGCUGAGCGCAAACGCCAGGCCCAAUUCACGGAAAAUGGAACGGAUGAUUACAAUGAGGAGACAGCUGCCGCCGAAGCUGCAGAUCUCACUUGGAUUCCAGCCUUGGUGGGUACACCAACUACAGAUGACGAAAUUAUUGCUGCUAUUCCUGUAUGUGCUCCAUGGGCUGCCCUUGCACGCUACAAAUACAAAGUUAAGCUGCAGCCUGGCUCCGUGAAGAAGGGCAAGGCCGUCAAGGAGAUCAUUGGUCGGUGGGUAUCUGAGACCACCACCGGGAAGGUCAAGAAAGAGCACGCUGAAGAUCUUGGUAUCUCUCGUGUUGAUGCCGAGCGCCUCCGGGAACGGGAGGGAGAGCUCAUCAAGGGCUGGAAGGAUACAGAGAUUAUCAACACUAUGGUUGUGGGCAAGGUACGCAUCAUGACUGCAGGAGCUGGAAGUGCUGGAGGUGGUGACAAGGGCAAGGGCAAAGGUGGAAAGGGUGGUGGUGGAGGUGGAGGUGGCAGAGGAGGUGGCAAGAACAAGAAGAAAUGA